GGGUUGGUGACACGAAGAGGGUCUCACUCAGGAUAUUGGCAUCAGUGUCAAGGCCCCGGAGACCGUCAUUGUUUGGAGAAGCCAGCCGCGAAUGUAAGCCUAAAGGAGAGUAUAGCUGCCGUGCCAGCGGUGAGAAAGUCUCCUGGAAUAUUACAGAGAAGGCAAAGGGCUUUUUGUAGGAUUUAUGUAUAUUAUGUGGUUUACACCAGGAGUAGGCUUCUUACGAUUUUUAUUUCCUCUUCACAACAUUUUGCAGUUUUUCCUCAGAUUGUCAUGUGUGAGGUCACAGCUGCCUGGGUUCUGGAUGAUGGUGUUUCUGCCAGCAUUGUCCACCAAAGGAAGGUCCACUAGAGAAGAAGGGAACCGUGCAAGAAACCAUAACGGAGACUAAAGAGGACAGCAGGAUUAAAAUGGGGUCUGGGGUCCUGAUGCUUGUCCUGGCAGGAUGGACCCUUCAGCAGCCUUGAUGCCAGAUGUAAGGGCCUCACCAUGUGACCACUCGGAGGCCAUCUUGCCUGCUGGACGCAGCCUCCGCUCAGAGUCCUCGUGCUCGGCCCCCCCCUCCCGGCACGAGCUGUCCCCGGGCUACCUGUCCUACUUGCAAUACUUUGACUUACUCCAGCCUCCAGAGGUCACCUGGUUUUCGUGGCAAUGCUGCGAUAACCAGUCUUGGGUUAAGGUACUGCCCCAGCAGCAGUGUGCUCACACUGAGGUCGCCCAGCGGGGACUCCCCGGCCCAAUCCGGUGCAGCCACAGCCAGCAGCCGCCUCUGCCACAGCAUGGAGAACCUGCACUGGGUGGCGGCUUCGGAUCGUGGUGUUUUUGCUGCCCCCUGCAGGAUCAUGGAUGGCGAGUUCAUCUUUCGCUGUGGUGCUCAAUGGAGCAACGGCACACCUGAGGCUUUGUACCCCUGCAGGGUGCCGCUGAGGCAGGACCUGGCCCUCUUCCCACAGUGGUUCUUUCCAGGCCUGGAUGAGAGGGUAAAGAAUGGGACUGCCACCAAGGGUCUGAAAGAGAAGUUUCGCUUCCAGAGCGUUGGGGUCACUGAGCCAAACAAGCCCCUGCGCGCCCCAACUGGCCAGCGUGACCCCAGGGCUGCCUGCUUGAGGAGCCCAGAGGACAUCAAACGGGAGGCCUUGCAGAGGCUCCGCCUCUGCCGCCAGAGAAGCUCCCCUGACCUCUCCUUGUGCUGUCCAGCCCACCCUUUGGAGGUGGCCAAGUCUCGCACUGCGGAGUCCCUGUUCCGCCAGAGCCCCCCUGGACCACUGAACUGCCUGGAGGCUGCGAUAGAGCGCAAGCGCCCCCCCUUAGGCCGGCUGCAUAUCCCCACAUUCGAGGAGUUUAAGAGGAUGAGGCAGAAAGAGAGCAGGCGAGGAAGGGGUGGCCAGGGCCAGGCUGAGGGUGGGCGAGGCCUGGCUCAGAGUCACGAGGACUCGUCAGGGGUGGUGCUUGCUGGACAGGAAGCCAGUGGGGGCCGCAGUGGGGAAGCGGGGGCUGUGAGCACUAACAGGAGCCAUCCCAACAGCGGACAGCUGGAAGCUGCUGAUGGUGGGACUGCGGGCCAGGUCUUUGCGUUGGACAGCAUCACCGUCCCCAUAUGCUCCAGCCCCACACCACGCUCACCACUGCAGCCCCGGCCUGAACCCCAAAUGGACCCGACCGGGACCUCUCUCCAGAACCCCAGUGGUGGCCUGGAGGCCCCGUCUGCAUGCUGUGCCUCCCUGCUGCUGGACGGCUCCAGGAUCACCAGGAUUAAGGACGAGGUCAUUGGCUCAGCGAUUGAGCUCAUCAAAAAGAGCUGCAGUGCUGAGGGCCCCGCCUACCAGUCACGUGACCCGGACAGCUCCCGCCCGAGCCAGCAGUCGGAUGCGGUUUCCAUGACGACAGCGGGCCACGGCACAGAGGCACGGAAUGUGCCAGGCGGAGGAGACACGGGAUGCCCGUCCAGCCCAGGGUGCAGGCGGUCCAGCUCGGACGCGGCCUAUGAGCCGCCAGAGUCGACGAGGGCUCAGCGGGAGCGCCGGCUCCGCCCCCACUUCAGUGACCCAAUGCCAGCCGACGCUGCCAAGCGCAAGCAGCUGGAGAUGAAGAUUGCAGUGGCUGCAAGGCUGCACAGCCUACGGAGGGACAAGGAGGAGGACAGCAGGCCCGUUUCUGAGGCACGGUCAGGAGACAUGGCCGAGGAGGGGCAGCAACGCUGGAGUGACGUCAGCAGCCUGAGUGCUGACAGUGGCGUGGUCGGCCUGGGUGACGAGCGAGAAGAUGAGGAGGAGCCACGGGCAGCUCGACUGGUGACCAAAACUGAACGGGGGGACAGCGAUGUGGACUCUGAGCAGACUCGGUCCUGGGAGAAGCCCAGGGACCCAUUUGGGGCGUGGCGGACCCACCGGCCCUGCCCUGACUGCGGUCGGAGUGAGCCGGCUCGGGCUGAUGGCAUGUGUGAGCGGUGUCUAAAGCAGCGCACAGAACGCAAGGAGGCCAUCUUGGAGUUACUGAACACCGAAGCAAGCUACGGCGAAGACCUGCGCAUCAUUAAGGAGGAGUUCUAUAGCCCCAUGCAAGGUGCAGGGCUGCUCACUGCUGAGCAACUCGUUGUGGUCUUCAGCAACGUGCAGGAGCUCAUAGAUGUCAACGAGAAGUUCACAGAACGCCUACAGGAGAGCAUUGAUCAUGCCUUUGAUCAGGGUGAUGAAGACUUGCAGACCGUCUGCAUAGGCGAGAUCUUCUUGGAGUUUGUCACCAUGCUGCCCGCCUUCCAGACCUACUGCCUGCAACAGUCCGCCUCCGUCAACCUGCUCAAUGGCCUGGAGAAAGAAAAGGAGCUUCUCAGGAUCUUCCUAGACGUCUCUCAGAAUGACAACACGGCUCUGCGACGCAUGAACCUGCGUUCCUUCCUGAUGGCCCCGCUGCAGCGUGUCACGAAGUACCCGCUGCUGCUGAGUCGCAUUAGCAAGGCCACUGGCGAGUGCCACCCAGACCGCGGGCGCCUGCGUGAAGCUAAGAGCCAUGUGGAGUCCCACCUAGAGCACAUCAACACCAAGACGAGGCAGGAGGGUGCCCCCUGGUCUCUGCGCUCCUUCCGCCGGGACAGCCGGCGCAACCGCGAGGCCGUCAAUGUCGAGAUGCGCGAGGCAUCCAUGCGAACGGUGGGUUGGACGCGGGAGAGCACGCGCUUUGUCAUGGAGGGGCCCCUGCAGCUGGCCCAGCCAGCCGAUGGUCAGUGGGUAAAGAAGGGCAGCCGGGCCCUCAAGUUCCAGAACGUGCAGAGCCUGCUGAUGGUGCACACGCAGAGGCCAGGCGACGGGCCCCCUGAUGGCUUGGAGUCCCCAGAGCCUGUGCGGGAUGGUGUGUUGAUACUCAUCAAGGACAAGAGCAGCGGCAAGUUUGCCGUGCUGCGGGAGCCUAUCCGGCUCAGCAACUGCGUGGUGUCCUCGGACCCCGAGUGUGAUGACACCUUCGAGCUGCUGGACAUCCCCCGCGAGGCCUUUGUGUUCCGCGCCAUGGACAAGGCCCGUACCCAGCAGUGGUUCCGGCAGAUCCGGCGGUACGCUCGCGAUUUGGGGCCCUGGAGGAAGAGGCGAAAUGCACUCCCAAACAUCAUGAUCAGCACGGCGCAGAGUCGUUCCUGAGCCUGAGGGGAACCUCAAAAUAGCCGGUUAGCUGUAGCUUGUCCAUGCUAGGAAGACGGCAGUCCUCAGUGAAUUGUGCUGUGUCCCUGAUGUGCAGACCUGUUAGGAGACUCCGCUGGCCACAAUUCCUAGAAUGAUUUGCUGCCACAAAAAUUUACUUCUGUUGAAGAGCAUGAUUGUAAAAUAGACCUACGUUAGUGAGAAUGCUCAAACAAGUGUAAAACUGGAUGUAGCUUAUUCACAAAGAACAGAUUCUUUCUUUUUCCUUUGUUGAAUGAAAUAUACCAUGAGAUUUACCAGCCCAUGUUCCCCUAUUAAGCUGGACAGGCAGCACUCUUCACACCCUUUUUCAUUUAACUGUAAGCUAUCGUAAAGCCAAAUUACAACAGGAAAUUCGAAGCCCGGUGCUGGUUAGGCUUAAUGCAGCCACUCCCGCAUACCACACUCACAGAUAACCUGGGCUUUGGCCCCCCAGCGGUGAUAUAUGGUACAUGCUUCUACACAGUCUGUAGUCUGUGUAUAUCUCUGCUACACGUCACCCCCAAGGUCAACUAGACCAGCGUGCUGUCCGCCACGUGACCAGUCUUUGACAUGUCUCUCUGUCUCUCACACUCAUGGAGUGUUUUUCUUUUUUUUUAUUAGAAGUCUAAGUCACCUGUUUUAAUACUCCACUGGCAGUCUUCAUUUAGUGGAUCAUCAGUUUGCAACAUACACUGUACAACACUGUACGUUUGAUCGCUCGUUUGUUUUCCCUUAAAUGUCUCUGUAAUCUGUAAUUUAUGAGUGUGGAUUUUUGUUUUGGGCACUUUAAAACAAGCAUAUCAUAGCAAGAUAGCACUGUACUGAGAUCCUGAUUCCCAGCUGCUCGUCCUCACCUCUACUGAAGAAUGCUUUUUUCUGUUACAGUUGUUUAUCUUUGGCAUCAUGUGUUACACAAACGCUAUAGAUAGUUAAUAGCAAUAUUUAUGUACCGUGUCAAGCACAGUCUACCUGAAAGAGGGAAAUCACUGUAUCACAGCCCAGGUGCUAAGUCACGGUGUCUGACGGGCCAGAAACAUAUGCUCUUCUGCAGUCUUUUCACUCUGUACAUAUUUAUAAAUGUGUCAAUAACUUUGCAUCUGAAAUGUCCCUCUAUCUUAAACUGCUAAGUAUAUUUUCCUGUAUUUUACAGAAAGUUCAUAUUUCCUCCAUGUAAGAUAUUGUGAAUUGUAAAUUUAAAAAACACAAAUGUGAAA